AUGGCACCAAGUUUGCGAUGGAAUCCCCGCGUGGAAUUCGAAGAUGCAAUGACCAAAGCGUCAGGUCCGUUGCUUAGGAAGAGUCUCACCAUGUUGAUGAAAAUUCCAAAAUACCGGGAUACGCAUGCCACCGAUGAUCAUAUUGUGAGCGCAAUGUUCGUAGGGGGGUUAGUUGGUGAUGCUGAAGACCAGGACACUCCUGUUGAAUUCGGGGCCGAGGACUGGGAACUUACCAACAUGUGCAACACACAGUUCACUUUUGGAUAA